UCCCACUUCACCUUCUCAACGCGAAGGUAGUUUCAUUGUCUCGAUCGACACUAAAGAACUUAGCACAUAUUAAGUCGACAUUGUGGGUCCGGACUUUAACAUGGACAAGGUGACGAUAUUGGCCUCAGAGAAAGGGGUAGUGCUAUUCAGCAAGAGCUCAUGUUGCCUGUGUUAUGCAGUCACAGUUCUGUUUCAAGAGCUUGGGGUAACCCCAACAGUUUACGAGAUCGACCAAGACCCUGAAGGAAGGGAAAUUGAGAAAGAACUUAUGAGGUUGGGGUGUACCGUGCCGGUUCCGGCCAUCUUCAUUGGUGGAAGGCUCAUAGGCUCGAUGAAUGAAGUCAUGUCCCUGCAUCUAACUGGGGGACUAGUACCUUUGCUGAAGCCCUAUCAAACUGUUAAAUUAAGUAAUUGACAAUCAAUAAAAUUGGCUCAAAUCAGCAGUCUCUAGUAAGGUGCAUGUGCACUAUAGAGAUGGAUUAGCUCUCCAGCAAUAGAAUGUAAUCUGUUCCUAUUUCUUUAAUAAAGUUAAAUGGCAUA